AUGUCUAAACAAGUUAUUCUUAAAUUUUGUUGGAAUUGGUCUUCAAUUUUACAUUGUGGUUAAUAUAAUCCCUAGUCUAUAAGUUCGGAUUCUAGUAGAGUUUGUAGUUGGGUUACAUAUAUGAUGAAUUGGACAUUUGGGUCCCGAAAUCAUGAUAGUUUAUGAGGAAGGAGGUAUCAGAUUUAUGAAUGAUGCUAUGAGCUUCAUGAUUGAAUUUCUAAUUUAUUGUAGUGAGAGUAUCGCAUGUUUAAAGCUUGUCAAUCUCUUAACUUAUUAGGAAAAUGCUUGGUUAUUGAGAAUAUGAGUCAUGUAUUCUUUUGUUAAAGCAUUGAUAUUUAUUUUGAUCAUUCUACAGUUUUCUUUCAAGUUAUUGAUUAAUAGAUCUAUCUUGAGUACGGUUUAG